UGCGGGUCUUCCGGUUUUCCGUCAGAAAAAAGCGCCAACUUCUGCUGCGCCGUCCGGCUGGCAAACAUUAUUGUUGACUGGAUACUCUGGGAAAUACAUUAAGACUUCGCGCUGGAUCGACUUGUUCAAUGAGGUGCGCUGUUGCGUCUCCGUGAAGACCAGCAUCGGCCCGAGGGGACGUUUCGCGGGAGAAAGAUGCCCGUCCUGCAGGGGGAACACGUCGCGGCGGCGGGGAGCCCCGUCAAGAAGAGCAAACUCUCUCUCAAGUACCACCAGAAGAAGGAAACCAAGCGGGUUUUGGACUUCUCUGAACCUCAAGCAGAUGAGCCCAAAGCAGUUGAGCAAGUGGAGCCUGAGGCCAGCGGCUGCGAUCAGGUUGUCCCCGGUCCUUCUCCGUGUCCUGCCUCACCUGGUCCCCUCCUGUCACACGAGAAGAGGGAGCGCUUGGUGCCAUUUGUGGGUUUCAACAACUUGGGCAACACCUGCUAUCUGAACUGUAUCUUACAGGUGCUGUACUACUGCCCAGGGCUCCGACAAGGAAUAAAGAAACUGUACAACCUGUCUAAAAAUGACUUGCCAAAGGAGGAAACUGACAAAAGAGAUGAGUCAGAAGUCAUCGAUGAGGCUGUGCCUGCUCAAAUGGAGCUCCUUGGGAGCUUCAACAGUCUCAUAACAUCAGUGGAGCAGCUGCAGUCCAGCUUCCUGUUAAACCCUGACAGCUUCAGUGAAGGAGAACUUGCUACACCUCCUCGAAAAGUACUCCACACGCUCAGGCAGCUCAACCCCAUGUAUGAAGGCUAUCUUCAGCAUGAUGCCCAAGAGGUGCUGCAAUGCAUCCUGGGAUAUAUCCAAGAGGCUUGUGAGACCAUCAGGAAGGAGCGAGAGGUGGAGAGGGAUGCCGAACAGCCAGAGGUCCAUCUGGGAUCCAGCAGCACUGCAUCAGAAUCCAAAACCCCCUCUGAAGACGACGGCCAACUCAGCGGCAAGAGAAAGAGUGACACCGAGGUGGGAAAUGCCAAAAAGAAGCCCAAAUCUGUCAAGCAGAAGAAAUCUGAUGCAGAGGAUUGUAAACCCUCCACUCGCUCAAAAAGGAAGUCCUCCAGUGACAUCACGGUAAACGGCUGUGGGGACAAAGAGGCAGAGGAAGAAAAGGGGAAGAAGCUCAACAGGGCGGCGGAACAGGUCAGUGACUGCGAGGGGAAAGAUGAAAAAGCCCCCAAAGAAAAGAAGAAGAGGUCCAGGCUGAGCUGGCUGAGGCCUUCUGGGAAACAACCAAGUAUUUUCUCAAAGUUCCUCAGCGUGGGAAAGAUCAGCACCGUGAAGAACCAGAACAAACCGGAACAGGAGAAGGAGCUGAGUCCCGAACAGAAGACCAGUGAAGAGAGAUCACCUGAAGAAAAUGCUGAUGUGAAGGAGGCAGCAAAACAUGACGAGGGGCUGGACCUGAUGGAGCACUUGUUCCAGGGACAGCUGCUGCUGAGGACACGCUGUCUGGAGUGCGAGAGCUUCACCGAAAGGAGAGAAGAUUUCCAGGACAUCAGUGUGCCGGUACUCGACGAGGAGCCCAGCAGCCCGGACGACCUCUCGGAGGUGUCCCCGGAUCCCAAACCAGAGCUGAAGACCCUGAAGUGGGCCAUCGCUCAGUUUGCUUCGGUGGAGCGCAUCGUCGGUGAGGACAAGUACUUCUGUGAGACGUGUCACCAUUACACGGAGGCGGAGAGAAGUCUGCUGUUUGACAAAACUCCCGAAGUCAUCACCAUCCACCUGAAGCGCUUCUCUGCCAACAGUUUAGACUCGGACCCGUACGCCGGCCUGUCCAAAGUGAACACGCCCCUGCAGACCCCUUUGACCUUGUCUCUGGAGGACUGGUGCACUCAGUCUUCGUCCGCCAAGGCUCAACGCUAUCAGCUGUUUGCCGUAGUCAUGCACAGCGGCGUCACCAUCAGCAGCGGCCACUACACCGCCUACGUCCGUGCGUCCGGCCUGAUGGAUGAAAAGCCCGGGCUGUGCGACCGCAAAGAAACGCAGGAGGAGGAAAAUAAAGAGGGGGUCCAAGUGAAGGAGGAGCCACCGGACUACGACGACGGAGAAGUGUCCUUCAGCCUGAGCACUAGGAGGCUGAGAAGUGGAAGCUUGGGGAGCAGCAAAGUGGGAGGGAAGAAGCUGUCGGAGGGGGGAGUCGGACUCUUGGGAGGCCAGAGGAGUCGGCCUAGCUCCCUGACUGAGGGAUCCAAGCGGAAGAAGCCCGCUAGGGGCCCUCGCAGUGAAGCAGGAGUUAAGAAGGAAGCAGGACUUAAGAAGGAAACCGGAGGAGAGGAGGACGCGCCCAAAGACACACUCAAGGACACGGUCAAGGACGCGCCCAAGGACACACUCAAGGACACGGUCAAGGACGCGCCCAAGGACACACUCAAGGACACGGUCAAGGACGCGCCCAAGGACACACUCAAGGACACGGUCAUGGACGCGCCCAAGGACACGCAGGGUUCGAACAACCUCCUGGAGUACGAGGGCAAAUGGCUGCUGUUUGAUGACUCUGAGGUGCGUUUGUUCGAGGAGGAGGAUUUCCUGCGAGCCUGCUCCCCUGAGACUUUGUCCUCGUCCACGCCGUACCUGCUGUUCUACCGAAGGAUGCCCGAAGCACAACUGUAGCGUGGACGCAAAGCUCCCGGCAGACUCGGGAUGGACUAUUUUUUUUUUUUUUUAAAUAAUGCAAACUGGGUCAAAAAUACUUUGGGUGUCAUUAGCACGUGAGCUCCCCUCAGGUGUGUUUGAGAACUAUUCAGUGAAAAGGGAAUUUACUUUUCUAUGUGCUUUUCUGAUCCGUCAUUCAUUUUGUUUUGCUCUCUAUUACUUGCUGGUUGUUGUUUUUUUUACUAAUUAGAAAAGCACUUAUUUUUUUUAACACAUUCUAUGAUGGAAAAUGGAUAAUAACUUUCUAUGCUUUUUUUUUUAUUAUUCUAAAAUGAAUUUGUGUUCAAGAGCCGUAGAUAGCUUUUCUAUUUCAAAGCAAUACAGACUCUGCCCCAUAAGAGAAAGGGGCAAUAUGUGGAUGUUUGUGACUUUGUUAUGAAGAAAGCAACUCCCAGAAACCUUCUCUUUUGCACUGAUACCUUUUUAGUACAUCGGACUUUCACACUGGAAUAUUUUUGCAUUAAAAACAUUCCAUGUUUAUCUAAAUAUAUGCCAAGUGUAUCCAUAUGUUUGGUACUGUUAAUACGCAAAUAAUUAUUGCAGGUGUUGAGUGCAUUAGUAGCUGUUUCAGGAUGUAAAUUGAGAGUAAAGUUAUUUAGUUAGGAUAUUAAAAGAGGAUCAAUUAAGACGUUAUUUUAACGCAACAAUUAAACAGAUUUGUGACCGAAGUAAAUUAACUUCUUACAUACUCAAAUUCUAUAAAUGUCAGACUGGUUUAAGACUGCUCAGUCAAUCACUAUCAGCUGCACCAUGAAAAUAUAAACUUGGCACAAAAUUAUUUUGACCACAGAAUUCAUUUUGUAUUCCUUAGUAUUGCAUUAAAGUAUUCAGUAACGGUGA